AUGCGGCGACCGUUCUUGCGAGGGAUUCCGCACGAGGAUACGGGAUCCGAUCCUGAGCUCGGUGAGGAGAAAGUCCCUGAUUGCGCUAGGCUCGAUGGUAUCCCUCAAAAGAUUGAGAUGCCGUGGAGAUCAUCGUCAAGAUCUCUGGCUCGGGAUGGUCAAUCGGGGAUGACCGAAGAUAUAGUCAUCGCUUUGCGGGAGAGGGUGGGAAUCAGUGACGCGGUCAAGAUUCUCGUUCCCUUACCUGACCAAAGGCCGAUGGACGCUCCACCUGGAUGGUUUUGCCUCUACGAAUGCUUCCUCACGGAGUUUGGAAUACGUUUUCCGGUCCUCCCGUUACUUCUCGAGUAUGCGUAUGAGCGGGGUGUAGCGUUGAGUCAGCUGACCCAUGGUGUAGUGCGGCAUAUGGUCUUCUCGGCCGCUCUGGCGAAGGCAGCCGGGAUGAAGCUAGACAGGGAGCUCUUUGAGCGUAUAACUGAUCUUCGUGCUGGGGUUAAGGAAGGAGGUUUCAAGCGUUUCCACACAUCGAUGAAACAUGACAUCGUUUUUGGUGAUCAUCGAACGAAGAUUCAUCACUGGACGCGCUACUACUUUUUUGUCAAGGUCGACCGUGCUUCGGUCGGGGAUUUUGAUCCUAGUCACGUCUUAACAGAAUGGGUCCAGGAGCCAGGAAGGAUUGUCCCAAGGAAAGUAAAUACUACUCUAAAGGAGAAGUUUAGAACUUUACGCGACUUGAGUAGAGAGACUUGGGCGGAUGCGUUUGCCGAGACCGAAAGGAAGAAGAAGGAAAAGAAAGGAAAGGCUAUUGCUAUAGCGAUUCCUCUCUCUGUCACUGGGGUCUCUUGGGGGUGUCACCAGUGGCAUUUGGCGGCGACGUUUAUGCAAUCGCCGAUAAUCGGUCGCCAAAAGUAUCCGAUCUUCUUAAUUUUUAAAGCGAGUGAUCUUCCGCCGGCGUUGUUUCCUGAUGCUCCCUCGUGGGUCUCGACCAUGAUGCUCUUAGCUUGUGCUUCGUCGCAGCAUCGCAGGAUGACUUUGUUUGCGCUCCAGCGAAAAAGCUCGUUGUUGCGUAAGAAGUAG